UUGACAGUAUUCUUCAUCGUCGUUGUCACUCAAGUUUUUUUAAACUUGAGAUGUGCGCGCUACUUGCACUAAAAGUUUAAUAAAUAAUUACUAUCUACGUAAAUAAAAAUAAAAUGUUAGAAGUUUGUAUCGACAGCUUAGAAUCAGCAUCUAACGCAAUAAAAGGUGGUGCAGAUGAAUUAGAGCUGUGUAGUUCUCUAGUAGAAGGUGGCCUUACACCCUCACCAGGACUGGUUGUGGAAGUUAUAAAGUUGGUGAAAAGUCAAUCCUGUGUUGCAAAUUCUGUAACGCCCAAGCCAAAAGUCAAUGUGAUGAUAAGAUCCAGAGGAGGCUCUGAUUUCUGUUACUCGCCACAAGAAAUGACUACAAUGCUAUCUGAUAUUGAAGUUAACAAAAGCUUAGGUGUUGACAGAUUUGUCUUUGGGGCACUAACAGAUAAACAGGGAAUAGACAAAACAAACUGUGCAAGAAUAAUAGAAAAAGCUCUUCCUAUACCUGUGACAUUUCAUAGAGCUUUUGAUUUAUGUCUAGACCCAAAAAAAGGUAUUCAUGAUAUUGUGGAACUUGGUUUUAAUAGACUCCUAACAAGUGGGAAACAGAUUUCUGCAGAUAAAAGGGAAGCAAUAGAACUUCUUACAUUUCUAAUAGAGAGUUUUGGUAAAACAAUUGAAAUUAUGCCAGGUGCUGGUAUCAAUUGUGAUAAUGCACACAUAUUCUUUGAGAUUGGAUUCAAAAUGAUUCAUAGUUCCUGUAAAAGAACAAGGCAAUUACCUGAUAUUGGUAAUUUGUGUAUGGGCAGUAAUAUUAUUUAUGUGACUGAUGAAAACAUUGUACGAGAAAUAAAGAAAAUAAUAAAUCUGUACUUCCGUAAUGCUCGCGCGAAAAAUGUUUUAAAAGGAGCGUUGCUAAUGAUUUCGAACACCAAGACGUAG